AUGCGGACGAUAAAGGAUUUAUGGUUUAACAGGCCUGCAUUCACUAGUGUCAACUCGAACAGCACACCUGAGAAGAAUGAAAGCGCAGAACUCGCAAUCGAAUCCUCACCCCUCACCGAACCCCCCUCUUCCUCGGUAUUCGAUCAGAUAUUACCAGAAUCCGAACAAGACGCUGAAGCACACUUAAAAAUGGCGCUGUAUCUGACAACCCAGGAUAGCGUCCUUCAAGUCCCUACAUUGCAUCAAAGUUUCCAAAGCAUCGAUUCAGCCACCGGGGCCUCAUAUCUGAACGAGAGCCUCAACGGAUCUCAGCGCAUCAUAAAGGAUGGCAGAGAGGUAGUCAUCAGCUCUGAUGGAGAAGAUACUGACUCGAUUUGUUCGUUGGAGGACCCAAAGAAUCUUUUCGCUCCGAAGUCCAUGAAAAACGACUUUACACCGGCCAAAUUCACCAUGAAGAAGAUAUCAUCGCCAAAGAAAUACAGACACAACAUUGACUCUCUCGUUCACGAUGCAGUGGAUGAUAAUAAGGUCGAGGCCAGUGUAGCUCGGGCAAAAGCAAAUUUUGUACAGAAGCAACCGAACGGCAACGAGCCAGGAAACGACCCGCCCGGCACUGUUCUGAAUGAAUCCAUGUUAAUCUCAGCACUCGGUCAGAAUGAAGACGGUGUUGGAGGCCAACGUCUGAUAGGUGCUAUUAGACGAACUGAUGCUCUUGACCUCGGCCGCGCGUGGCCAUUUUUUGAUUGCACACAAACACUGGCACCGGCCCCCAAAUUCCCACAGGAUAUGUUCGCACCUGGGACGAGCAUGGAAAUUUUAAGGGAGUCCGACACUCGCGAGCGCCAGUUCAUGUCAGGCGAAUUCAUUCAGAUUGCUUUGUCCAAAGGACUUUUACCAGACAAAUUCGUUUUGUGGCUAUUUCACUCUAUACCCCAUGAACGUCGAGAGGAAUUGAGUAAUGCUUAUUACCGGAUUAUUAAGAACAUGGAUGUGCAGCGCCUAAAGUUGCUCAUUCGUCCAGUCGAUAUUAAUGAGCUUUUCACACGAUUAGGUGCUCGGAGCCAGGCUUUGGAUCCUUCCAAGGAAAUCAUCCCAGUCCUUUCCCAAUAUAUCACUCCAGCUUCCACGUUAAAAGAUCAUGUUUCGUUUGUUUCAGUCCUCAGAUUACUAAGAGAAACUGCUGGCUUAUUAGCAGAAGAUACUCAAGAGCAGGUGGUGCUCCUGCUCCUACGUCUUACUCUUGAUGCCUCAUUGACAACGGAUGCUAUGGUAUCAUCGGAGCUCCAGUGGACCAUCAAUGCUGUAUUAGAUCCUGAAAAUUUCCAUGAACCCAGUGCUAAAGAUUCGCUGCAACGUGUCUGCGCUACUCUCUACGCUACAACAUGUGAUGUUUGCAUUCAGAGUCAAAUUGUGCAUCACAUAUUGCCCACAUCUCCAUGGUUUGCACUGAUACGAUGUCGCCUGGCCGUUGCGUUUCUGUUACGGAGUGCUAGCCCUCUUGCUGAACCCCCUGAAAAGUUGCUUGAUAUCAAGCGUAUCACACUGUUACUGCUCCGCGAUGAGCGUUUCCAGGUGAAGCGUUUCAAGAAUAUAGCCGACUACGACUGGAGGGAAUUAAUUUCACUCACAGCUCUUCUUAACGUCGCGAUUGAUUCGUCUGCGUUGGAUAUAAAUUUCAGACGUAGUCAAACUGAGAAAGACUAUGAUGCUGCCAUCGACAGGCUGGCAGCUCAGAUCAAGUUGAUCUUCUGCUCUAUUCAGGAUUCCGGGGCCUCACAUGUGACACGAACGGUGGCAAAAAGUGAACUCGAGGCCUUGCACUACCGAAUUGUCUACUCAGUUCGGUCCAAGCCACCGCCGAAAACCACCAUUUUCGAGUCGCAUGUAAAGGAGAGGGAUGGCAACAUUCGGAGCCAUUUCGGCAACUUUGCUGCGAUUGCUGCUAGAAAGCAAAAUCAAGAGACCGGGCAAGAAACGAUUCCGUCUGCAGCGCCAGGCGACGCGGAUUAUGGUGAUGCAGAGAUUCCCAUCCGCACGCAUGAUCAGGUAUCCUGA